AUGGCCGGUCAGCUGGCUCAGACGGCCUUCGACGAUGGGUCGUCGACGGUGCGUGCUCGGGCGGAGAAGGCGGCGUCGGCGGCAGCGGCCGCACGAGCACAAGUCCAGCUCGCCAGCACGGGAGCGAUCGAAGCGAGGCGCACUAUGCGCUCUGCUGUCUCGGCCCCAUCGGCCUUCCCCUCCGAUGCGUCCGUGGUGGGCUCACGCUGCAGCGAAGAGUGGCGUGCUGAAGCCUUCACUCUCGACUGUUUGCUUCGGACCGACCGACACUGUUCGGUCUGCAUUGGCCAUUUCAUUCUGACCUUGUUUCUUCGUGGCGGUGACUCGAGCAUCGCUCACCUCGGUGCCUCCACAGAGCCGGGCGCGGUCACUCGGCGCUGCUCGCGUAUGCACUUGGAUUUUGUUAGAUCUGACCGUCGAGACACUGCAGCAGCAGUAGCCGGUCGAUCCAGACCUUGGGUGCUACGACCGCUCGGCAUCCGCUUGGACGUGACGUUGAGUCUCAGCCGGAUUGAUUCCCCGGCAGUGUGCCGCUGUGGUGCCGAGGUGCGCCUAGCAGCGGCCAUGCGUGGCUCGUGCUCAACACCCGCCGCCUCCCAGGUGUCUUCCCCCGCACUGACAUGCAAAUUUAUGCACCUGCGUGCCUUCGCUUCCGCUGCUCACAAUCGUCUUGCCUAUUCUCCUGCUUCUGCCCGCUUCCAGGCUGAGCCUGUUCUGGCUCCAACGCGCUCGCUUGCGGCAUCAGGGAUCCGCCAUGGCUCUGGCGGUGGAGCGUCCUCAGUGCCUGAAGGCGUGCUCGACGCUCAAGCUUGCGAGCCGGACAGAUCUGCCGACAAUCCCUUCAUGCGCAGCACCGCAAGGCAGAUCAGACACGAGCAGUUGCGAACGGAUUUGGCUUCCGAAGAGCGGAAUGCGGAAUGCGGGAGCUGCCGUCUUGGCCACGAGAAGCAAGGUCAGCAAAUCGGGAGUAUCGGCGUAUCUGAAAUUCGCAUCGGCUUCGAAUGUGCGGAAAUCGGUCAGAAUGCCCCAAAAGUGGACCUCGUCCUGGACGCCAUGGACGGCCAAGCUGAGGGAUCGUCGCAGUAUCGGCGCGUGCACCUGCCGCCCCGCUCCGAGUUCCGCUUCGAGCUCGAGCCGCACGAACGCAUCUCGAUCCGCCUCGUCCAGAACCGCACGCCGAGCGGACAAGAGCCCGACGCCGAGAUCUUUGGUGCCGAGCUCGUCGGUGGCAGUCAAGAACGAUGGUACCCGUUCGGAGACGAGGCCAAAGCUGCAGUCUCCUCGUGGAAAGGCGCCGAACUCGAGAUCGCCGGAACGGCGUCCACAGAGUACCUCGCCGACGAACCGUCGCCCGUUUACACCGCCUACUCCAAUCUGCAUCUCUACCUCGAGCGAAGGCGAAUCCAGGCGCGACAAGCGCUGCGUGCGGACGCAAAGCUCUUGACCACCCUCGCCGGCUCCGUCUUGGAUCCGAGCUACGUCGCACCGCGCACCACCGAUCAGAGCACAGAUACCGAGUCCGACCCAACAGGAACCGCUGCCACCACCGUCUACCGACCCGAGGGACAGGGUCCAAGAGUCAUGGUGCUGGGCCCAGAGUCGGCGGGAAAGACGAGCCUGAUCAAGUUCCUCGCCAACUAUGCCUUGCGCUCGCCAGCCGUGGCGAGCCUGGGCAAGGGCGAGGCGGGCAAGGUCGCCGAGAGCCUUCGUCAGGGCGGAGACGGCAUCAUCUAUCCCGACAUGGAGAGUCACCUUUCGGAGGAGGCCAGGAAGGCCAAGCGAGAGGAAGAGAAGCGCAGCGAUAUCACCGGAUGGUGGCCGGUCGUGGUCAACCUCGACCCAAGCGACGGCGCACCGCCACUUCCGUGCUGUCUGUCGGCGCUGCCACUCUCGCCGCUGCCGCUGGCAUCGCUUCCAUCCCCUUCGCCCGCUUUUCCGUUCGGUACAAAUACGGCAACGACUGGGGCCAUUCCUCCGGGCACAUCCACCGCACACGGCGUCGCUCCGCUGUCGCUGUGGCUGGGCAAGGAGAACGUGCGCGAGAACGAGCGCCACUUUCGCCGCGUCGUCGACUGGCUCGCCGAGGGUGUGGAGCGUCGGCUGGCGCGCGACUUUCGCUCGCGCAUGUCGGGUCUGCUCAUCGACACGCCCGGCGUCAUCACCGCCGACGCACGAACCAAGUACGCCUUUAUCCAGCACUGCAUCAAGGCGUUCAAGGUGGACACGCUCGUCGUGCUCGGCCACGAGAAGCUCAACCUCGAGAUGACCAAGAUGUUCGGUACGGCUGCAGACACCGCCGAGAUCCCAGGCUCGGGCGGACAGAGGCUGCCGAGGGUGAGCGUGAUCAAGCUGCCCAAGAGCGGCGGCGUGGUGGAGCUCGACGAGACCUACCGUUCGCGUCUCGAGGCGCUCCAGGUCAAGACGUACUUUUACGGCGGAUCGGCGCACAAGGGAGCGGGUCAGGAGGGCGGCGUGCCCAAGGUGGUGCUGCCUGGACAUGCGGAUCCGCUCGGCGGAGUGCCAUCGCUCAGUCCGUACAGCACGACGAUCCCCUUCGAUCUGCUCGAGAUCUACAAGAUCGGCCAGGAGUCGCUUGCGCCUUCGUCGGCACUGCCCAUUGGCGCAUCGAGGACGGUGACAGAGACGCAGCUGGUGAAGCUCGACCCGACCAACUCCGCUGCCGACCAGACGAGCCUUCUGCACAGCGUGCUCGCUCUGAUCCAGCCGCCGCGUGGAGGAGGAGGCGCAGGCCAGCCAGACUCGUCUACGAAUCCGACCGACGACGAAAUCAUCGGCGCGCCCAUCCUCGGCUUUGUCCAUGUUGCGGAUAUCGACACGGUGCGCAAGAAGAUCACCGUCCUCUCGCCGAGCGCAGGCAGGCUACCGUCCAAGACGGCCAUCAUCGGUAUCGUUCCUCCGCUCCACCUCCAUCUCGCUUUCCUCCUUCCACACUUCUCUUCGACUCUGCUUCCAUCGCUCAACCGAUCUUCUCCACUCACCAUCCUCACGAUGCCUGGGGUUAUGUUUGCGUGGUCUCCGUCAAGGGGAUGGUACGAAGUCUUUGAUGGUAAGUCCGGCUCCUCAACGCAGCAGCGAUGUGGCAAUGCUGGCCAUACUGAUCCCAUCUCGGUGCACAUAGACGAAGCCGGCUCAUCGCCCGCCUCAUCGCCCGCUCAGCCAGCCGAUCUGUCGGCCGUUCAGCAGCAGGUCGCGCAGUCCCUUGCCGAGAUGUCCCUCGACGAUCACGAGGAGAUGCUUCAGGAUCCUCACAGCUUCGACACUGACGAGAGAAUCAAGAUGCUUAACUCCUUUUACCACGAAGCCACUAAGGACAUAGGCGAAGGAUGCACCUUGUGCUAUGACUCGGUAGUGCACCCAGAUGGCUGGUUCGCCGAUCAUUUCAAGAACUUCAACUAG